CACCGCCGGACACCGACACCCCCGCCGUCACUGGGCAGCAGUCAGCAAAGGCCUCAAGCCGUGUCCUCACGUAGCAGCCAUUGCCGCUCCGGGUAUUCCUGCGCCAGCCUGACCUUCCGUGCAAGCAGUGUGCCUGCCUCUUUCUCGGCGCCUUUCCCGCUCUUUCCCUGUAACCCGCCCGCGUCGUGAGGAGGAGGAGAAGCUGCUGUGCCCGAGUGUCUCCGCCAUGUCCCGCUCCAACAGGCAGAGGGAGUACAAGUGUGGGGACCUGGUGUUCGCCAAAAUGAAGGGCUACCCCCACUGGCCUGCUAGGGUUGACGAAGUCCCAGAACCCAACGCAAAGUCAUCCGCUAAUAAAUAUCAAGUGUUCUUCUUUGGGACGCAUGAAACGGCAUACCUCGGUUCUAAAGAUAUCUUCCCAUACGAGGAAACUAAAGAGAAGUAUGGCAAGACUAACAAGAGGAAAGGAUUCAGCGAAGGCCUCUGGGAAAUUGAAAAUAACCCCACAGUGAAAUCAUCUGGACACCAGCCAUCCCGAAAAAGAAGCUCUACCACAAAAGCUGGGCGUGGAGGUGGAGCCAAAAAUAGUGGAAAGGCAGCCAGAAAGAAGAACCUUGAAGAGGAUGAAGAUGCAGAUGCCGAUGCAGAAGAGAAGGAGGAAGCCGACAGCGAGAAGAAGGGAAAUGCGGAGGGCAGCAGCGAUGAAGAGGGAAAACUCGUGAUAGACGAACAAUCCAAGGAGAAGAGUGACAAGACAGCAAAUAAACGAAAAGCAGAGGAUACCGCAGAGAGCUCCCCAAAAAAAGCAAAAGUAGAGGAUGAUAAAGAGCCCGAGAAAAAUGAAAAAGAGGAAUCCAAUGAGGAAGAGAGAGUGCAAACGCCGGAGGCAGGCAAAGAGAAGAACCGUGAACCCCCCAAACCUGCAGAGGACUCUGGAAAAGAAAAGGUAGAAGAGAAGCCAGCUGUAGGGGAAGAGACAAAAGAGCAGAAGGAGAGCCUGUAGCUGUCACGAUCACCCCUUUCCCCCUCCUGGCUGGGCAGAAUCCAUUCAUCAUUUUUAUUAUACUCUCGGGCGCUUAAAAAAAGAAAAAAAAAAGAAGAAAAAUAGGGAUGAAACACUCAUCUAUCAAUAUCUACAACCCUUUAAGUCCAUCUCAUCAUGGGAGACCUCUCAAACGGCAUCUUGGACUCUUAUUUAAAAACAAAAGGCUUCUAAUGGCAUCUUGGGACUCUGAUGCAACCUUUUGCCUUUUUUAUUCCCCCCCCCUUCCCAGUUUUAAUGUGUUGCUGUUCUCUGUGCCAGUACAAACUUGCAAAAUUGUUCAAUCCCAGUGCUCUCUGUCUCUGCUUUGUGCUCCGUGACGCCCGCUCAUCCUUGAUUGGUCCCUAGCAGCGGCCAUUCAUUUAUAUUACUUUUCUUUUUUUCUAGCAAAGGCCUCUCUGGGCCAGUUCUCAAACCAGAUUGUUUGCCCUUAAUGUGCUGUGGGCAAAAUAGGUGAUAAUCUAUAACCGGGUCUGUUGGAAACAUUUAACUUUUAAGACAGAACUUAACUAUUAACCCUUACACGGUCGGUAGUUGGCUGCCAGUUUUAGCAGCAAUGAAACCUUUACUUCAUGGGUCGCAACAGCUUCCAUGGUGGCAAAUAGAGGAAUCCUAGCCGGUAACUACAUUGGCAGUACAGAAAUGGUAUCUCUGCGGGCAGCAGCACUAUUUUAUUGUGCUUUUUUUUUUUUUGUAUCAGGAUUUGGCAGCCGUCUCCAUUUUAUUUUCAUUAGGGUUAAUCACAACAGCUGAAAAGCAAUUGAGGGUUUUUACAUUUAGAACUGGACAUAUUUAUGUAGAAUCUGUCUUUAUUGUAUAAAUCGUGCCCCCUCCAAUGGCUUUACACCUUUCUAGGCUGCUUGUUUUUGUUAAAAAAAAAACAAAAAACGUUCUGCGAAGUAAAUGUCUCUUUAUUCAGAAUUUGACACAUUACUGCUUGCUUGGGCAGACUCUUGGAAUUGGGGUCUCCUGUGAUUUCUCUGCAAUGUUGUGUUUGUGUAUUCCUGCUAGUUCUCUCGGAUAUGGUAUAUUCAAUCUGACUCCAGUUCUCCAGGCCACGUAAUGGUAUAACCCACCGCAAACCACUACAUCGCAGGAAUCGGAUCUUGGUUUAAAUAGGAACGAUCUCCUUCCCCGUUUUCUAGAUUAGUUAAGGAAAAGCAAAGUUGGUCCUAAUUUGGAAGGGCACCCCUCCUGGGAAAAUGGAAGAGGCUGACGGGGAGGGCAGUGUUUAGAAGAAAGUACCCUGGACCGUGGCAUUUUUAAUGCAGGCUCAGUUUGCAUAGCAGGCAGGUACAGUCAUUUGCCCACUAACAGGGCAACUUGUGCUGCUAAACCCCAGCUGCAAGGCUUGGGAGUAGUCAGUGGGCAGCCAAUGGGAUUUAGGCAUUGCUGACUAUUAACCUGUCAGCCUCCCUAUUAACUGACUAUUAACCUGUCAGCUUCUGUAAGAUGUAUUUGCUCUUCCAAAGAUUUGCCAUUUAUAUCAUCUCCUUUGCUUCCUACAAUCAAGUAUUUGGCCCUUUUUCCUUAAGGGGAGGGGCUUUGGCAGGUCUGUUCUUGUUCAUUUAGGUUUUGUUCAUAUUUUUUUUUUUGUUUUGCUCUGUGAUGCAAUUUGCUGUCAACAUGUCGAUCCAAGGUAGGAAUCUGAAUAAAUGUUGCCCAGGUGAGUGCCAGAGCGAGAAGUCUGUACAGUCCCAUCCUCGGCCACAGUGUAAAUAUUUCCUUCAUUGAUCCCCCCCCCACAUCAUCGGCCUUUAGAUACUUGUAUCCAUAUUCAUAGCGCAAAUCUCUAAUCGCACCUUGAAUGUUGGCGGUUGUUGGAGCCCCCCAGCGGUUCCCUCGCGGCAGCCUCUACCUAACCCCGCCCACUGCGUCAUGUGCUUUCUUUCUCAUUGGCAGAUUUCAAUCUCACAUUCAUUUUAUGCGCUAAUCUGCUUCAUAAACUAUAUAUGGGUCAAACGGAUUGAAAACCAGAUUUUGUAGUUAACAUUUUUAAUAAAACAAAAAGCGGCAAAAAAAUACCCUGACUUACAGAAGCUACGACCUCGCCGACGGUAUCUUUUAGUUGUCAUUUUUAUUGUUCUUUUAACCCCCCCCCCCCCUUCCUUUUUGCCCCCAGUUCUCCGACUUGUCUUUUUAUGGCUAUGUGAUGUAAUCAUACCGUUUGUAACAUAGACGUGGGAAAAUUUACAACAUGCCCCAGUUUUUUUUCUGUUUUGGAAUUUUAUUUUCAUUUUUGUUUUUUGGCGGCUGUGAUGAAGGCAAUUGUUAAAAAAAAAAAAAAAAAAUUAGCUUUUGGUAUAGUUCUGAAAACUGUAGAUUUCAGUUCUUUAGGACAAAUAAACAGAUUAUUAUAAAACUG